CAGGGGUUCCUGGGAGCUGUGGUAGGCCGCGCGCCCCUGCGCUGCGGGCUUGGCGCCGGCUUUGUCUGUCUACGGGUGCGCGCCGCUGCGGUGAGUGAGGCCGUGGCCGGUCGGCGCGCCUGACAAGGCGGGACCUCCGCUGUCAACCACCCCGCCGCCACUCCGGGCCCUCCGCGCGGACUUGAGCAGGCUAGGCCUGCCCAGGACAGUGGGGAGAGGACAGCCCGCAGACGAGGGUCCCUGGGCCGGAGAUCAGGACCUGAGUCCCGAACCCAGGACGUACGGGGUUUGGCAGGCAAAAGGAGAGAUCCGCCUGGACCGUGUGUGGUGGGGCAGGACGAGCGGAAGGCCCCGCCACCUGCAGAGGAGGCGCGGGGACAGGCAGGGCAGCUCCUGGGGAGGUACUCAAGAAUAGCCCAUGGAAGAAUCAUCUGAAGAGGUGGUGAUUAAGGUCUCAGACAAGGAGUGGACAUGUUUGGAUUCCCAACAGCUACCCUGCUGGACUGUCACGGGAGAUAUGCCCAGAAUGUAGCAUUUUUCAAUGUGAUGACAGAAGCCCACCACAAAUAUGAUCACUCUGAUGCCACCGGAUCCUCCAGCUGGGAUUUCCAGAAUGCUUUCAGAAGAGAGAAGCUGGAACAGAAGUCCCCAGAUUCUAAGACCCUCCAGGAAGAUUCACCUGGAGUGAGACAUAAGGUUUAUGAGUGCCAGGACUGUGGCAAGUCCUUCCGGCAAAAAGGUAGCCUGACAUUACAUGAGAGAAUCCACACUGGUCAAAAGCCCUUUGAGUGUACCCAUUGUGGAAAAAGCUUCCGGGCCAAAGGUAAUCUUGUUACACACCAGCGAGUACACACAGGAGAAAAGCCUUAUGAGUGCAAAGAGUGUGGGAAAAGCUUUAGUCAGCGAGGCAGUCUGGCUGUCCAUGAGAGACUCCACACUGGACAAAAACCCUAUGAGUGUGCCAUUUGCCAGAGAAGCUUCAGGAAUCAAAGUAACCUUGCUGUUCAUCGAAGAGUUCACAGUGGAGAAAAGCCCUACAGAUGUGACCAGUGUGGGAAAGCCUUCAGUCAGAAAGGUAGCUUAAUUGUUCACAUCCGAGUACACACAGGCCUGAAGCCCUACGCCUGUGCCCAGUGUAGGAAAAGCUUCCACACCAGAGGGAAUUGUGUUCUGCAUGGCAAAGUCCACACAGGAGAGGCACCCUUCCUGUGCAGCCAGUGUGGAAAAAGCUUCACCCAGAGAGGGAGUCUGGCUGUGCACCAGCGAAGCUGCUCACAGAGACUCACCCUCUGACUUUCUUCACAGGAAGUUCUCUGUAUGGAUUAAAAGAAAUUCUCUUUAUGAAUUAAAAGUGCAAAACCCUCCGCAAUCACAUAACCUAUCCAAUGGCAUGAAAUGAAGAAUCUUCUACGAAGACCAGUAUUGGGUAGGAUAAACUGACUUUUCCUUUCCCCCAGAUAAAUAUGAAAAUAAAUGUCUUGUUUAUCAUUGUCAUGUA